UCAUCGAUCGGGGCUCUCCGAGGCCGCCCUGUCUCGAAGCGAUGUCCCCCGAGGGCAGCGCCCCGUGCCUCUCCCCCGACGCGGUCGGCGCGGCCAGCCCGGCCGCAGCCGAUGCUGAGGGCGCCGCUCUGAGCGGCGGGCGAGGAGGCGGAAGCCCACGCGCAGCGACGCAGCCGGCGGCGGAAGAGGUCCAGGAUGCGCUGAAGAGGAUCGAGGAGACCCAGGCCUGGGCGACGCGGCUGGUCGCGGGCACCACCUCGUUCGACCAGACGUGGGCCGACUUCCAGGCGAAGUUCGACCGCCUGUUCGAGCUGGGGGCCAAGAAGCUGGCGGGCCACCAGGAGGAGCAGCCCGCUCGCCCCGCGGAGGCCGUCGGACCGCUCCGCGUGGCGCAGGCCCUGCGCCGGGCCGCGCGGACCGUGGUGCUGACCGGCGCGGGCGUCUCCGCCGAGGGCCGGGGCCCCGCAGGCGGGCGGUGCCUUCUGUAG